AUGACACUCAUUGACGAGAAACUGCUGACACCUGGCUCCAAGAAACUAUACGUGUCCUAUUACCGGAAGCGUGUAUACGCAGACCUAUUAGCUGACGGUUCUAUCCAGUUCAAGGACCAAGUAUACACGUCACCAGUACCCUGUGCUCUCCAUAUGAAACGUACACUAAAUCCAUCUCUCAAGACUGACGCUGGCUGGUCAUCCAUGUAUUCGACCACAACGGGUGAAAGUCUCAAGGAUAUUAAAGAUCGACUCAAUAUUCGGAAACGCGGCACGAACGUGCGGUCUGCUCAUAAAGAGAAAAAAGCGCCCACACCAUCACCCACAGCCAAAGAACGUAUAGGCCAAGCGGCUAUUGCUUUGGCCAAAUAUGAAGCUGUACCGAAGUGCACUGCGUGUCGGAAAGAAGCUACGGUGGACGUGGCUGAGUGCAGCGCCUGUCACAGAAAGACGCAUUGGAAGUGCGCGAGUCUUGGACUUGAGGCGGCCCCGCCGACGCCCUGGUUUUGUGAAAAGUGUCUGACGGGACAAGCCAACCGAAUUCUCGACUUUCUCCAGCAGACCCGUCGUGUUCUUGUUGAUAGAAUUAUAGAGCUGAAGGAAAAGAAAGAGAAAGCAAACGAGAAGGAGGCAGUAACUUUUACUGAGCGUAUUAAAGAGAAGGAACAGGAAGUGAACGAAAAGGAGGCAGAAACUUUUACUGAGCCUAUUAAGGCGAAGGAACAGGAAGUGAAUGAAAAGGAGGCAGCAACUUUUACCGAGACGAUUGAGGAGGAUUGCAGUAGCGUUGAGGACAAUGAGAAUCUUUUUGCUGAAGACGAACAUAUAGAGGACGCUGCAGCUGUAAAAGUAGGUACUCCUAGUGUUGUAUAUGAGAUGAAAAUGGAGGAGUCUAUGACCGAUGGAGCAUCUGCGACGACUGACAGUUCGAGUGAGCUAACGGCGGAACCAUUUGCUGCCUAUGAGAAAAAGGCUAACGAGGCUUUUGCGUUGCGAGAUGCAGAUGACCUAGCGAAUAGGGAGGUAUCGACAGAGCAGAAGGACCCUAGAGUCGAUGCUUUGGAAGAAAAGGAGAGUAAACAGGAGACCAUGGGUCCACUUACUGACGUGAUAGGUGCGAAGAAAUGUGAAACAUUUUCUGUAAAAAGCAAGGAAGUUACCACCGUGGACGAAAUCAUCGAUCGCGAGCAAUUGAUUGUUACCAAGACUACGCAGACCUCGAGCGCGGAAGAAAAGUUCUUAGUGUUGAUUAAUAGUCUCAUCGCUGAGGUGUCGUCUAAAAAUGCUAGGGCUGACGUGAUCGCUAAUACCACGGGUGCGAUGUUGGUGCACCUCGAGAAAACGCAGUUGGUGCAGCUAGUGGAAAGUGGCAAACGUGAGAUAUUAGCGGCAACUCAGCCAGAGAGAGAAGAAGAUGAAGAGCAGGAUGACGAAGCGGAAGAUGAGCAGGAUGAUACUGCGUCCUGCAACAAUUCUGAAGUGGGCGCUCUCAUUAAGAUCUUUGAUCUACGCCACCAAAUCCUGUCAUCUCAGUCCCAAUUUGAACGUACCACGAGCGCACUAGCCAAGCGUACCGAAAUGCAUCUGCGCGAUGCAGAAACUAAGAUUAUGGAACUGGAAGAGUCUCGAACUGUGGAAACGAGGGCUAUGACCAAAGUGGUUGAUUUGAUUAAUCAGUACUCCAGCGACCUGGAUAAGUGCAAACAGAAAAAUUACUACAAUGAGGUGCUUCUCGAGAGUAUUAACCACCGUCGCAGCUAUAUCCGAUCUACUAACAUUACUGAUCGAUUCGUACCAUCGUACCGCUACAGUACGAAGCUCAUGACUACGAGUAGUGACCAGCUUCUAUUGACUGUGUUGUUAGAGAAGCUGCGUGAUAUCACGUGGUCGGUGAACGAGUGGACAAAGAUGGAGCGCCAUUUCGCAGAGAUGACAUCGAGUUUAAAUGAGUCGCUGUCAUUGAUUGGCACAAAGCGAAAGCGAACGGGCGCUUCUGUGAGGUUGCCACCAACUCCAGCAUUGUUCGCAAAGGUGAAGAUUCCUCCAUCUAGACGCCUUAUUGAACGCCAGAUUGCAAACUAUCAGAUGAAUUUGAAUUCCAUUCGUCAGGAGCGAGCGCAAAUGCGCAAAACACUCUUUGAAAUUUUAAAAAUCGCUCGAGAAGAGCAUUUAAGCGAGGAAAUUGUCAGAAUGACUGAUAUGCUGUAUCAAAAGUGUCGCGACUUGAAGGCUGAAGAGGAGGAGGAACAAAUGCGGUUGAAGGAGGAAGCGGAAGCGGAAGCUGUAGCCAAGGCAUCUGCAGAAGAAGAUGCUAUCCGCGAUCGUCAGAAUAUUGAUGAUGUCGAGGCGAGUGCGGAAGAGCUAAAGGCCAAAAAGCACCGCUUGAACAAAGCUUACACUGCUUUUGACAGCAAUUCGGGCUUAGAUACAUACUCUGCUGCUGCAGUUGCGACGAGCAAUGCGACUUUGUGUAGUGAAACGAAGGGUAUCUCGUUGCUCCUUGGAAGCGAGGACUUAGAUGCAAAUGAAUCGAACUAUAAUGCUGCUGAAACCAAGUCUCAAGCAGGAAAUGAUGAAGACAGUGAAGAAGAUCUAGAGCAAGCAUCUCGAGCGAUUGCUGAUAUCACGUCUUCAGUAAUGCCCGACAUUUCUGGUGGAUGCGGUUCCCGGGUGGACUUGCUUAACUCAUCGCUUAUGACUGAAAGGCUAGGAGCGAAUGCGUUGCGUGUCUUUACAUCCCCAGGUCAAUUUAUGAUUCGUGGAGGAAGAGGAAGCAGUGACAGGCGGGAUACUUUACCGCAACAAUCUGUCGGACAGCAAUUAAAUCAGCCCGUUUCCAGACCUAGUGGUCAAAACCACCAGUCAUUCUUGGAUCAAGCCCUCGAGACUUUGAACAAGCAGCAGCACCCGCAGCAGCGCCCAGAGCAGCCGCGUCUCGAACAACACCGCCAAUUGGGGCAGCAGCAGAAUCAGCUGGAAGAGCACAGCCAUCAAUUGGAAAGGCAGCUACAGUUGGAGCAGCAACAUCUACUGGAGCACCAACAUCUAGAAUCACAGCACCACGAGCGAGAACGUCAAGGGUGGGAUCGUCACGAGCGGGAGCGUCAAGAAAGGGCGCGUUUCGAGAGAAAGCGCUUGGAGAAGCAGCAACGUCUUGAACGGCAGCAUAUUAAGAAACAGCGUCAGGAGCAAGAGCGCCGGGAGCAACAGCGUCGAGAGCAGGAGCGACUUGAACACGAGCGGUAUGAAGGACAACUCAUUGAACAACAACAUGUCGAGGAACAGCAGCGCCUAGAGGAGCAACUUCGUGAGCAACAGCGUCUGGAACAGCAACGUCUGGAACAGCAACGUCUCGAAAAACGGCAACGCGCGGAACAGCAACGUUUGGAGCAUCAGAAGAAACGACUCGAACAGCAGCGCCACGGAGAACAGCAUCAACAGGAACAACAGCGUAAAGAGAAUCAGCGGCGACAGCAAGAGCAGCAGCGACUAGAAUUAGAACUUCAGUGUCAGCGUCAAGAGCAAGAACGUCAAUUUCAACACAGCAAACCGCCGAGUCUCCCACAAGUGAUACCUCCCGGUUCGUCGCACCUGCAAAUGCUUAGCCAGCAGCAGCAACAACAAUUCCAGCAACAGCAGGCAGCACUUCAGCAGCAACAGCACUCUCGCCAGUUACAACACCCUCUGUACGGUGACAUGUCCAAGGGAAUGCUCAUGUCUUCUGGCAUGGGAACAGGUCAGCAAGACGUUUACGCACAGCAGGCGGCUCAGAUGGGAAUGGAUAUGCACGAUAUUGUGCGGCAUCAGGACUCGAGCCUUUUUGGGGGAAGCGGAUCAGGCGGUCUGCGUGCAGGCCCCCCCUACAUGAUAUCCAAUGAAGUAUCACGCAGCGCUGCCUCACAGCCAGCGCCAACAGCACCACGGACGAGCUUUUAUGGAGAUGAUGGCCACGCAGGGCAGUUGCACCAGCAAACCGUGUUUGGUUUGCACAACCUGUCUGGGCAGCAGCGUCAGCUCUCAGACCAUCACAUGUUCACAAAUGAGCUACAGCAGCAACAGCUAGACCAACCGCGGCCGUCCAUAGGGAACCAAGACUUUACCAUUGGUCGGCCAUACCGUGGUCUUAGUGACAACAUGCAGCACCCUGGCAUGGAGCAGUCUGACAAUAACGAUGUGAAUAUGGGAGACUGGAGUCAGUGA